AUGAAGCCCAACACCGACUAUCUCAAUGUACCCGAAAAGGGCAUGGCAGCCUACCGAGCGCCCUCACUUCUCCAGCCCCAUAAAGCGCGACAAGCCCUGCGUGAUGCCUAUCAUGGCCGGAUUCCUCGCAUGAUAGGGUACUACUGCGGCUUUUGUGACCGCUCAAGUUCUCGAAUCAUUGCGCAGCUGGGGGCAGAUUUCGUCUGGGUGGACUGGGAGCAUGCUUCGUGCAAUGUCGAGACGAUGACGGACGUCGUACACACCAUCAUGUUCAUGAGCGAAGGUCGCACAAUGCCAUUCGUUCGGAUCCCGAACCACGACCACGCAUCCAUAGGCUACGCUCUCGACGCUGGAACCUCCGUCAUCGUCCCCCACGUCGACACAGUCGAGCAAGCCAAACACAUCGCCGCAGCAACGAAAUUCCUCGACAAGCACGGGGGCACGCGCUCCGCACCGCCAACACGCUGGCUAGGCGGCCUCGCCGACGCCGUCGUCGACCCCACGCGCCACAUCUGGGAGAACCAGAAUGAGCAAGCAGCGUUGAUCAUCCAGCUCGAAAGCCGCGAAGGCGUCAACAAUCUCGAUGGUAUGCUGAGCGCUGUGGGCCAUCACAUCGAUGCGUGCUGGAUGGGCACACUGGACAUGCGGGCGACGAUGGGAUUGGAUGGGAUUUGGGGCGAUGAGCCCGAGUUCCAGGCUGUGGUCAAACAGUUCGAGGAGGUGCUGAGGAAACAUGAUAAGCCGAAUGCGGGGCCCUGCUUCAAUGGCGCGUGGGAAAGGGCGAGGAAUAAGAUGUUUACGGUUGUGGCGGCGGAUUUCAUGACCUUGGCGAGUGAGAAGGAGAAGAUUGAGGAUGCUAGACGGAAUUUGGGCCCUUUGGAGGGUAAAGGGCGGAAAGGGGAGUCGUCGACGGUAUCAGGGGUGAGCAAUGGUGUGAGCAAUGGCGUGAGCAAUGGUGUGUGCAAUGGGAUAAAAGUCUAG